AGGUUUUCUCGUUUGGUUGCUGAGAAAAUUGGAGGGAAAAUAAAGGAAAAAGGAAAGAAUGCCAGUGGCGAGACCAGAAUCCUCCGAUUCUAGGGUCAUUGCCCAUAUCGACUUGGACUGCUUCUACGUUCAAGUGGAGCAAAGGAAGCAGCCGCAGUUAAGGGGCUUGCCUACUGCGGUUGUACAAUACAAUGAGUGGAAAGGAGGGGCCUUGAUUGCAGUGAGUUAUGAGGCCCGAAAAUUUGGUGUAAAGCGGUCGAUGCGGGGUGAGGAAGCAAAGGAAGUUUGCCCACAAAUUCAGCUGGUCCAAGUGCCAGUAGCUCAUUGUAAAGCUGAUUUGAGCACAUACCGCAAUGCAGGUUCAGAGGUAGUGUCCGUUCUUUCACGGAAGGGCAGGUGCGAGAGGGCUUCAAUUGAUGAAGUGUAUCUUGACCUUACUCAUGUGGCUGAAACUAUGCUGUUGGAAACACCUCCUGAGAGCUUGGAAGAAAUAGAUGAGGAAGCUCUUAAGUCACAUAUUCUGGGAUUGAGGAUAGAGGAAGGAACUGAUGCCAUAGAAAAUGUGAGGGAAUGGAUGUGUAGGAGCAAUGCCCAGCACAAGGAUAAAUUAUUAGCUUGUGGGAUUCUCAUUGUUGCAGAGCUUAGAAGGCAAGUUUUAAAGGAAACAGAAUUCACUUGUUCUGCGGGCAUUGCUCAUAACAAGAUGCUAGCCAAGCUUGCAAGCGGUAUGAAUAAACCUGCUCAGCAAACUGUGGUGCCUUUCUCAUCAGUAAAAGGACUGCUUGGCUCCCUACCAAUAAGGAAAAUGAAACAGCUUGGAGGGAAGCUAGGGGUUGCUUUACAAGUUGAUUUGGGUGUGAACAAUGUUGGUGAUCUAUUGCAGUUUCCUGAGGCAAAGCUACAAGAACAUUAUGGUGUAAAUACUGGUACCUGGUUAUGGAAUAUUGCUAGAGGAAUUGAUGGAGAAGAAGUUGAGGGGCGCCUUCUCCCUAAGAGUCAUGGUUCUGGGAAGUCAUUUCCUGGGCCUCGGGCAUUAAAGACAAUAUCAUCUGUUCAAUAUUGGCUCAAUCAACUUUGUGAAGAACUCAAUGAAAGGCUUUGCUCCGAUUUGGACCAAAAUAAACGAAUUGCUCAUACACUGACUCUUCAUGUAAGAGCAUACAAGUCCAGCGACACAGAUUCGCAGAAAAAAUUCCCUUCAAAAUCUUGUCCAUUGAGGUAUGGGACAGCCAAGAUUCAGGAAGAUGCCUUCAAUCUAUUUCAAGCUGGGUUCCGUGAGUACAUAGGGUUCUAUGGAGUUAAGACUCAGGGAAUUCAGUGUAAUGGAUGGGGGAUAACAGCUCUUUCUAUUUCUGCAAGUAAAAUUGUUCCCUUACCAUCUGGGACAUGUUCAAUUAUGAAAUAUUUUCAUGGCCCAUCUACAUCCAACUCUUCAAAGCAAUUAGUGGAUAAUUCCAUCCUUGAAGUUUCACCACUUUCACCCUCAGGCGGUGAAAGAUGCUCAGAAGUGAAUUCAUGUGAGCCAAAAAUUGAAUUUCUUGGGGAAGAAGAAAGAUGGAACAAGGAUCCUCUGCCUGUUUUAGGUCAAGAAGAAGAGGAAAGAAGUAUUUUGAAGGGCCAGGAUCCAUCUUGCUCUUCAUCAAAGGCACAAGAUGGUGUCAUCCAAGAAACUUCGUUAGUGAUACCAACAGGAGUUGCAAGGUUCCUGGAACAGAAUCAAAGUACACAACCGAGGGAGCUUGCUUGGAAUGACAGUCAGGUUAAGUCAGAACACAAGGAGCACAAAAGAAAAAUGAAAGACAAGGGGACACCAUCAAUUUUAAAGUUUUUUAAGAGCUGCAAUCCCUCUGGCCCUUCAGAGUCUCAGGAGCAAGUUCAAACUCUUCAAGAGAAUGGGACAACUAGCAGUGACAGUACAUCAUAUCCCAGUGGACAGAGAAGGGAAGCAUGGAGUUAUAGGAUUGAUGAGAUUGACCCAGCUGUUAUAGAUGAAUUGCCUCCGGAGAUCCAAGAUGAACUUCGUGCAUGGAUGCAACCUCAUAAGCAGCCUAACGUAGUUAAUCGAGGCUCCAUUGCUCGGUACUUUUCACCUAUUAGAAAGACAUAGGUAGAAGACCAAGUAAGCAAGGCAUAGGUAAAUUAUGCGGUGAUGGCAUAAUUCAUCACGUAAAGAAUGGUUGUUUCUAAGCAUUUCAAAUAGAGAUGCUUAUCCGACAAAUAUACUUUUUAUUAAAAAUUUUUUACGUUGAAUAUGUAGUUAUGUAGCAAUUGUAUUGUAUAGCAUUGUAUAGCAAGUGAAUGGCAUAAAACAACGGUAUUUAUAUAGAACUGUACAAGUUAGAUCCUCUUAUCAUUACAUGGGUGUUGACUCAUGUUAAACCUCAAAUCAAAGCUUUAAAAGUGG